AUGAGGGAAGAUAGCCAACAGCCCCAUUUCGUGAAACCGGACUCCACCGCGUGCGAGGCGGACAGACCCGCCGCUGAUAGAUCCAGCGACAGCAACGGGGAAGAGUCUGAGUGGGUAGAGGGAAUAACACUCGUAAUGGUGAUUACGGGAAUCACGCUGGUAGUGUUCUUGAUGUUGUUGGAUAUGUCGAUCGUAUCGACGGCCAUUCCCACAAUAACGAGUCAAUUCCACUCACUCGAUGAUGUGGCGUGGUAUGGAAGCGCAUAUACGAUCUCUAGUGCCGCCCUCCAACCCCUCACCGGAAAGUUCUACACGUACUUCUCCUCGAAAUGGACUUGUCUCGCCUUUUUCGGGGUGUUUGAAAUAGGCUCGUUGCUCUGUGGAGUGGCCACCUCGUCCAAGAUGCUGAUUGUCGGGCGCGCGGUGGCGGGCAUGGGGUCAUCGGGCAUGCUGAACGGAGCGUUGAAUAUCCUGGCCGGGGCGGUGCCGAUUCAGAAGCGGCCGGCGAUGAUUGGGGUGAUUAUGGGGGUGGGACAACUGGGUUUAGUGGGCGGUCCACUGGUGGGAGGCGCUUUUACGACCUACUCGACCUGGCGAUGGUGCUUCUAUAUGAAUCUCCCUAUUGGCGGUGUCGUCGCCGCUUUGCUGCUCUUCACGCACAUGCCGGACCAAAAACCGAAACCUCCCGUCCGGCACGUCCUACAGUCACUCUUGCUGAAAAACUUCGACCUGCUGGGCUUCAUCAUCUUCGCACCGGCGUCUAUCAUGCUCCUGCUCGCCCUGCAAUAUGGCGGCAACGGCUAUGCGUGGAACAGUGCCAUAGUCAUCGGGCUAUUCUGCGGGUCCGCAGCCACCUUCGUGGUAUUUGCCUUGUGGGAACGACAUAUGGGCGCCGAGGCGAUGAUUCCCGGGCACUUGGUGCGCGACCGGAUUGUGCUAUCGAGCAGUUUGCUAGCGAUGUCCAUCUUUGGGUUCACCAUGACCCUGUCGUAUUAUCUGCCAAUAUAUUUCCAAGCCGUGCGAGGGAAAUCGGCGUUGGUGAGUGGGGUGGAUUUGUUGCCGAAUAUUUUGUGUCAGCUGGUGAUGGCGGUGGUGUCGGGGGUACUGACUUCGAAACUGGGCUACUAUCUCCCUUGGGGUGUCCUCGGUGCCAUCCUCGAUGCCAUCGGCAACGGCCUCCUCUCUACCCUGUCCGUCGACACUUCGAUACCUACCUGGGCUGGAUACGAAGCUCUCGUCGGAUUCGGUCGAGGGGCGAUCUCCCAAGUGAAGCCAAUGAUCGCCAUUCAAAACAACGUCACCAACACCGACGUCUCCACUGCCAUGGCCUUGAUGGCCUGCGCCCAGACAUUCGGUGGUGCCAUAUUCCUCGCCGUGGCGGAGGUGAUUUUCGCGCAGGCCUUGAAGGCGAACAUCCCGCGAUACGCUCCCUCCGUGGAGGCAGCGACGGUCAUCGCCGCGGGCGCUACGGGGUUUCGGGAUGUAGUCUCAGCCCAGGAAUUGCCGGGGGUGUUGGUAGCAUAUGCAAAGAGCGUUGGGGAGGUGUUUUAUCUGAGUGCAGCCUUGUCGGUAGUGCAGUUUGGGUUUGCGUGGGGGGUUGGCUGGCGGAGUGUGAAGAAGAAGGGUGAAAAGGAAGCAGAGGUGUAG